AUGACCUGGCUUCCUGUUCAGGAAGAGAAUAAAUGGCGAUGUGUUGUGUCCAAGUACUCGGAUAUUUAUGGCAAAUCCCUGUCUCUGGAUCUCGGAGAUUGGGUUUACGUCCAGCUGGAAUGUGAUGGUAUAACAUUUUUGAUAUUUUUUAGUUCAGGAUGGUAUUAUGGCUAUAAAAGCGCAGAACAGGAGGUCCGUGGUAUUUUUCCGAAAGUCUGCACUCGUUCGCCCAAGGAUCCACAGUUGUGUGAUGUAUACGCCGAAAUUCUUUCUUUACUUCCGGCUGUGGAAUCAGCGUUCAUUUUGGCAGGUGCAACAACAAGGGCAGAUAAGUUCAAUAUUGCUAUUGAAUUCGGCCGCGUUCCUCCCAACACAACAAUGUAUUUGGCAUCUCAACGUGUGUCAGCAAUGGAAGUUGCCAGUGGUACUCAGACGAACAUGAUGAAUGGAAAUACCGAUCCUUCAAUAAUGGGGGGAACUGCUAACCCGUCUAGUUGGAUUGAAGCAUGUUUCAAGGUGUACGGAGAUGGGAGUACUAGCGGCGGACCCUCUUCAAAAUUUGUUGUCGAUUUCCACGAAUGUGAGCGUUUGUCGGAAAAUGUCUUCUUCGCAGAGGGCCGGGAUUCUUCAAAAAAUACCGUUGUCUUCUCGGAGUUGAAGCCAUUUGCUCCUACUGAGAAGAGAAUUUUACUAUUUAUUGCUACCUCUCGUGUUGGAGCCAUACAGACAAAGAAGAACAAAACUAUGAGUCAGGGUGAUAAUGGCAUCCAUGCUGAUUUCACUCCUGUCCGUCGCCCACUGGCGGCUGCUUGCGUGGACAUCACCAAGGAUCUUAUUCCCAUUUUGCUGCCUCGUAAAAAACAAAUUCUUUCUGCAACGGCACGACUUGCCAACAAACGCCGAAAGGAAAACAAUCAGUCUUCACGUGCUGUGUUCCUCACCAGUUGCAAUGAGGAGUAUCAAGACGAGUGUUUCCUCAGACUCUGCAAAGAAACACCAAGCUCGUUUGUGGACUUUGUUAAUCAGUCUAGUACCCCAGCUGUUCAGUCCGACCAGACGGGAAAUGCUGCCCUUCCUCCACUUGCCAACUCCGCUCUUGGCGCACAGAGUCCGAAUAUUGUUGAUCCUGCGGUUGGCGAGUCACUUGAAAUCGAAAUUAAAAAUAUUCGACCUGUGGAUCUACAGCCCUACCACGUGAGUGACACUCCAUAUCCGUUUUCCUUUAAUUACAUAUUUCUUGCUGUAGUUUAA